UGCAGUCUUGUUUUUUUUUAAACCAAGGUGCAAUCUUGUUAGUCGACCUCCCGCCAACUUCUUGUCCCUCACGCCGGACUCGACUAUUUCCGAUUUAUAUACUUCGAUGCCAUUUGUUUACGAGAACAUAAUUCUUUCCGGAGAAACAGAUGAAAAUCUGGAAGAGAAUUCUCUUAAUCGAAAACCAGACAGGACUAAACAGCUUAUUUUCAACUAAACAUCAAGUUAAAACACAUUACCACACUCACUCCAAGCCGCAAAAAUUCAGCCAAACCCUUAAAAGCUACCUCCACUCUAAUUCCCCAACAAAAGCUCUUCUGUUAUUCACCAACUUACUUAAAAAAGACCCUUCUUUAAUUGAUAGCUACAGUUUAUUACACAUUAUCAAAGUCUGUACUAAAAAAGCUUUAGUUACUGAAGGGAAACAAAUCCAUGGCAUUGUCAUAAAAUUUGGGGGCGAGCCCAUUAUUUAUCUGAGAACAUCGCUCAUUAAUAUGUAUUCUUCUUGGGGGAAUGUGGGGGAUGCUCAUCAGGUGUUUGAUGAAAUACCCACCAAGAAUGUUGUUUGUUGGACUGCUUUGAUUUCUGCUUAUGUGGAUAACAAGAGAGCAAAAGAGGGUUUUGAGUUGUUUAGGGAGAUGGUGGUGGGGAAUGUGGAGCCUGAUCAGGUGACGUUUACGGUUGCGCUGUCUGCGUGUGCUCAUGUUGGUGCAUUGGAUAUGGGAGAAUGGGUUCUUGAUUGUAUUCGAAGGAGAAGAGGAAUGGUGGUGGAUUUGUGUCUUGAGAAUGCAUUGUUGAAUAUGUAUGCUAAAUGUGGUGAUAUUGGAAGUGCUAGGAGAAUGUUUGAUGGCAUGAUUGGGAGAGAUGUUAUGACUUGGACUUCGAUGAUUGUUGGAUAUGCAUUGCAUGGACAAGCUGAGGAAGCGCUCCGGCUUUAUGCAGAGAUGACUGCAGACUGUGGAGAUGGUCUAAGAAAAAAGAGGAGGCCUUCAAUUGUUCCUAACAGUGUCACUUUUGUCGGAGUUUUGAUGGCUUGCAGCCAUGCGGGUUUGGUUGAAGAAGGGAAGCGCCAUUUCAAAAGCAUGACAGAUGUGUAUGGGUUAAAGGUUCAGCUUUCUCACUAUGGAUGCAUGGUGGAUCUUUUAUGCAGAGCGGGGCUUUUACAAGAAGCUUAUGAGUUUAUCAUGGAAAUGCCAAAACAGACCAAUGCUGUGGUGUGGCGGACGCUGCUUGGUGCAUGCAGCAGCAGUGGAAAUGUGGAGCUUGCUGCAAUAGCCCAUGACCAUCUACGCAGAUUGAAGAAAGGCCUAGCGGGUGAUGAUGUUGCUAUGUCUAAUGUCUAUGCUGUGACAGAGAUGUGGGACGAGAAGAUGAUGAUCAGAGAUCAGACAAAAGAGAGAAGAGCUCCUGGUUGUAGUUCGGUCGUAUGGCAUCAAUCAGCUUUUCACUGCUGAUGUGGGAUUCUGAUGGUAGCAGGUCAUUUACAAGAUAAGUCAUCAGAGUAUGAAUUUACAGCUCUCGACUAGAAUGCUUCAAGUUACACUUUUUGCCAUUGUUCGAGUUCAGUAGUUGGCAAUCAUACUGUCAUAAUA